AUGACGAACGCCACGAUCCUCUGCUGCAACUGCGGCGCCCCCAUCGACGGCACGACUGCCGCUGGUGCGCUCUGCUACGACUGCAUCAAGUUGACCGUCGACAUCUCCCAGGGCGUACAACGCGAGGCCACCCUCAACUUCUGCCGAGACUGCGACCGCUGGCUGCUGCCCCCAAGCAGUUGGGUUGUCGCCGCCCCAGAAUCCCGCGAACUCCUCGCCCUCUGCCUCAAGAAGCUCAAGGGCCUGAACAAGAUCCGUAUCAUCGACGCCUCUUUUGUUUGGACGGAACCUCACUCGAGGCGAGUGAAGGUCAAAAUCACCAUUCAGGACGAGGUGCAGACCGGCGUCCUACUGCAGCAGUCCUUUGAGGCCGUCUACAUUGUUGCCUACCAACAAUGCCCCGACUGCGCAAAGUCGUACACGGCGAACGUCUGGCGCGCCUCCGUUCAGGUCCGCCAAAAGGUCCUGCACAAGAGGACGUUCCUGUUCCUCGAGCAGUUGAUCAUGAAGCACGGUGCACACAGGGAUACACUCAACAUCAAGGAGGCUAAGGACGGUAUCGACUUCUACUUCUCGGCCAGAAAUCAAGCUGAAAAGUUCUGCGACUUUCUAAACUCGGUGGUGCCCUGCAAGGUCAAGAAGUCGCAGGAGCUGAUUUCACAGGACGUCCACACUUCCACAAAGUCUUACAAGUUCACCUUCUCAGUGGAGCUGAUCCCCAUAUGCCGUGACGACCUCGUGGCCAUGCCCAUCAAGCUGGCCAAGGCGUCCGGCAAUAUAUCUCCCCUUGUCAUCUGCCACAAGAUCGGGACCUCAGUAUACCUCCUCGACCCCAACACCCUCCAGACUGCCGACGUCAGCGCACCCAUCUACUGGCGUGCGCCCUUCCACUCCCUCGCCGACGUCAAGCAGUUCGUCGAGUUCAUCGUCAUGGACAUCGAGCCCACCAACAUCACAAAAGGCAAAUGGCGCCUCGCUGAGGUGCAGGUCGCUCGGGCGUCCGACCUGGGCGUCAACGACAAGACAUACUUUGCAAGGACACACAUGGGCAACCUGCUGCACGCGGGCGACUCUGUCCUAGGCUACAUGCUCACGGGCACCAACUUCAACAAUGAGGAGUUUGACGCCAUCGAAGAGUCGCACGCCUACGGCUCAACGAUACCGGACGUCAUACUCGUCAAGAAGCACUACCCUAACAGGAGGAAGCACCGCAACCGCAACUGGAAGCUCAAGCGCAUGAACAAGGACGAGGGCGAGCUUCUGCCGAAACAGGCCGACCAGGACCGUAUGAACGAGGACUAUGAGCAGUUCCUCCGUGACGUCGAGGAGGAUGAGGAGCUCCGCGCAACGAUGGCGCUCUACAAGGCCCAACAGCCCGCAAAGGUCGACCCCGACGCCAUGAGCAUUGCCGAGACAGAAGACGAAGGCGUGCCGCGGGUAGACAUGGAUGAGCUUCUGGACGACAUGGACGAGCUCCAGAUCAAGGAGUAA